GUAAAUUUCCAGCAAAACAUACGCUACCGGUAUAAGUUAAAAAAAUGUGGAAGCGAAUAGUACCUGUGCGAUUAGGACUUACCAUUUUUGGCGUGGAAAUAAUAUCGAACAACGAUGUUAUUGACCCAACUUCUCCAACUGCACAGAAGCUAGCAGAGAGGGCAAAUAUGAAUAUUCGAAAUGAAACCGGCUGGGAUCGACUGAAAUCUAUAUUCGAAACUGAUGAGUUUAACAGCAUCAGCCCUGAACUGGACAAUGUUCUCUCUGCUGGAGCUGCAGGUCUAAUUGCAGGAAUGUUCCUUGGAGGCAUCCCUGCAUCUAAGAUUGAGUAUGAUGACUUCAUAAACAGGAACAAAGCAUCCACAUUUGAAAAUCAUUUUGAAGCCAAAAGCAAAUUACAGUUCAGUGUAACCAAGUCUAUGGCUCAAGGAGGCUGGAGAGUGGGAUGGAGACUGGCUCUUUUCACAGGGGCCUUCACAUUUUUUACCACAGCAGUGUCGACCUACAGGAACAAAUCAAGUGUGUUUGAAUACUCAGCUGGUGGAUUACUGGCAGGAGCUAUGUACAAGCUACCGAUGGGACCAAAAGCAAUGAUCUCGGGUGGUUUUGCAGGAGCAGCCAUGGGCACAGUAGCAGGUGUCCUAACAGUUGGAAUCAUGAAGCUUAGUGGCACUACAGCUGAGGAUUUACGCUACUGGAAGAAAGGAUGGAAAGAAGCCGCCAAUAGGGAAGUAACGGCUGAGAGUCCUCAAAGAAAAGAAGCGCUUGGGAAACUGGGAAUUGCACAUGAUUUAGAAUUGGCCAUGAAAGCAAAUUUGCAAACUACUACUAAUAAGGAAAAUCGUGAAAAUGAGGACAGCAACAAAGAUUUGAAUGGACAAAACGCAUUACCAAUAAAAUUGGUAACAUCGUCUAGCUGAAUAGAGCUUACAAAGAUUGGAUGGUCACAUAAAUAUAAUUAGUCAUUGAUA